AUGGGGAAGAAGGAGCGCGCGAAGGCGCGCGCGCGCGCGCUCGAGGUCGGAGGGAUGUCGCGCGCGGACGCGCGGGCGGCGUGCGGACUGGGCGCGACGCCGGCGCCGGCGGCGAGGAAAACGAACGCGAUGACGACGAUGGGAACGACGACGGGGGGGAGCGGAGGAGCGAGACGCGGGAACGCGCCCUCGCCGGCGUUGCUGACGGCGAACGUGAAGAACGCGCGAUCGUUGCGCGAGGUGUACGCGCUGCGAGACGAGAGCGCGGGACGGAUGAAUCACAUUCACCUGUCGGCGGUGUGGACGAGCGUCGGACGGAUGCGAUGCGACGGUGAACGGGCGAGCUCGAGCGAUGGGGACGGGAUGAAUGAUGCGCACGAACGAUUGAUCGCGCACACGAUCGAAUUCGUGAGGGAUGAGCGAUCGAAGAUGGGGGGACGGGAGCUGGCGAACGUGGCGCACGGCGCGGCCAAGGGAGGAGGGAGCGAGGAGUUGUUCGCCGCGCUCGCGAAGGCGAUAGAGCGACACUUGGGAGGGAUCGAUCGAGGGCAAGAGUUGGCGAACAUUGCGUGGGCGUUCGCCAAGGCGGAUUACAAGUGUGAACGAUUGUUUAGCGCGUUGGCGAGGAUGGCGGAGCGACACGCGGAGCGAUUUAAUUCGCAAGAGCUCACGAAUACUUGCUGGGCGUUCGCCUCGGUGGGACACGCCGACGCGAGGCUGUUUAAAGCUCUGGCGCGGUGUGUGGAGAGACGUUUGGGGGAGUUCAACACGCAAGGUUUGUCGAACACGGCUUGGGGGUUCGCAAAGUCGGGCUUUGUCGACGUUGGUUUGUUUCGCGCAAUGUCGCAGAAGGCGCAAGAACGCUUGGAUGAUUUCAACGCGCAAGACUUUUCAAAUCUCAUCUACGCGUUCGCUAAGGCGGGACAAUACGACGCAAAAUUGUUUACGACGCUCGCCAAGCACGCAGAGCGGCACCUGAGCGCCUUGAACGCGCAAGGCUUGACGAACACGGUUUGGUCUUUUUCCAAAUGUGGGCAUCUGGACGCCGAACUUUUUUCCAAGUUCGGUCGUUCUAUCGAGCGCAGAAUGACCGCGAAUGCGAGUGAGUUUAAUUCUCAGGAUAUUGCCAAUACCGCCUGGGCUUUCGGGAAGGCGUGUCAUCACGACGAAAAGUUAUUCACUUCGUUGGCGAGCCUGUCAGAACGGUGCUUGGCUGAUUUCAACACCCAAGACCUCGUGAAUACCACGUGGGCGUUUGCAAAACUCGGUCGAUAUGAUGCCAAACUUUUUGUUGCAGCGCGAAAAUCGAUAUUGGAUCAUCGACUGAACGAUUUAGAUGCGCCGAAUAUCGCCAACAUAGUUUGGACGUUUGACCAAGCAAGCCAACUCAGCGAGGCUCUCUUUGUCGCAUUGGCAUCCGCGGCCGAGCACCAAGCGGAUAAUUUCAACGCUCAAGAUCUGGUUAACGUCGCUUGGACGUUUGCAAACUCCGGACAAGUAAACGAUGCGUUGUUUACCGCGCUGGCUCGAUCAGUGAAGAGACUCAUGGAUGAGUUCAGUGAUGAAGAGUUGAACAAUUUGGAGUGGGCGUUUACGACGGCUGGACAGCAUAGUGUGGUGAAGCAUCUCAAGCAGCAACGACACGGCGCGAACAAUGAAAAAUACGGUCCUCCCGUCGACGUUUCGAAAUGUGGACGAGUUAUAAUCGCUGGUGGGGGCAUAGGAGGCGCGGCGGCAGCCGUGGCAUUGCAGAGCAAAGGAUUCGAUGUCAUCGUGUUGGAGUCAGAUGAAAGCUUUGACGCGCGCGCUCAAGGAUAUGGGCUCACUGUGCAAGCCCAAGACGCUAUACAAGCCAUGGGCGUUGACAUAUCUCAAGACGAUGCUCCUUCGACGUCACAUUACACCUUUGACGCAGAGGGGCACAUUAUUGGAUUUUUCGGAGAGGCUUUUGGAGCAAAGUCGCGUGAACGUCGCGAGGUGCAAAAUUCUGGACGAUUCAUUCAUAUACCCCGUCAAGUGCUUCGAUCUCGCAUCAUCGAAGCUGUGCAACCGGGAACUAUUCGCUGGAAUAGCAAGCUCAAGAGCUUUGUGGCUCGCGAAAAUGGAGUCUCCGUCGCGUCCACGGAUGGUACCGAGCUCGAUGGAGCUCUACUCGUGGGGUCGGACGGGAUAUUCUCAACCGUGCGACGUCAUUUAGACCUCCCAGGAGAUCGUCUGAACUAUGUUGGAUUGUGUGUCGUGCUAGGAAUCGUGGAUGAGAAGAUAAUGAACGUACCGCUCGCGCAUCGACGUAUUUUUGAGACGGUCGACGGCGCCACACGGUUGUAUGCCAUGCCCUUCACGACUACUUCGACUAUGUGGCAGCUAUCUUUUCCAUGCUCUGAAGAAACAGCGCGUCAAUACACGAAAGAUGCGACGACGCUAAAGGAGGAAAUAGUUCGGCGUUGUGCGCAGUGGCAUGACCCUGUUCCAGAUUUGCUUCGCAACACGCCGCUGGAUUGUAUGUCGGGCUACCCAGUGUACGACAGGGAAUUGCUCGAUCCGGUAUUACUCCGCCCUACUGAUGAAUCAAAGCGUCGCGUCACGUUGAUUGGUGACGCCGCUCACCCGAUGACUCCAUUCAAGGCGCAAGGUGCGAAUCAAGCCAUGAGUGACGCCGUCCUUCUUGCCGACACCUUGGUUGAUGGAGUACGAAAGCACGGCCCAAACUCUGGAUUUGACUUUGCUCUACCGAUAUUUGAGCAAAAAAUGCUCAGUCGUUCAUCACGAAUGGUGGUUGGAUCGCGCGAAAAGGCGAAAGAGAUGCACAGUCCGCUCGCGCUGCAGCCCGCGCGCAAAGCGCAACGAGAAGCUGAAUUUGACAUGCAAAAGACGCUUCGAGUGCUUCGGGAGAAGGGUAUCGGCGCUCAAAAUGCAUCUGAUCCGAGAGGGCUAGAUGAUUUGAUCGAAACUGAAGCUAUAAGUUCACCACUCGACUCCACGAGCGAUCACACGGCGAUCGAUUGGAUGGAGCAAGGCGGCGGCGACUCGCAAGGCAAAAAAGUGGUCUUCGAGGAUUCCGAAGCGGACGAAGACGCGCCAGAGGCUGAGGUGAAAGACAAAAAGCGUAAAACGCAUGAAUUUAAGAAAGAGAAGAAGGCGAAGAAGGCGAAGAAAGAGAAGAAAGAGAAGAAGGAGAAGAAGGAAAAGGACGGGAAGAAGUCAAAGUUGUAA